AUGACGCCGCUGCUCUUCCUAACGCCGGCCAAAGUUGAGAUUGCCAAGGAAGACGUCGAGGUGUACGAAUCCAUUUUCCUGCCCAGUGGCGUGUCCACUGCUGCGUUCGUGCAGCUGAUGCAGCGCAGCCAUCGCAAGCGCAAAGAAGCCGGGCAGCUAGUCGUGAAAGGUGGCGUGCCUUUCGGCAAGGUGGUGCUCCUCUUGCGAGGUGAGGCAGUGGCUUUGCAUAGUCUCGAACCAGACCAGAAUCCCGAGGGAGACACGCUGCCCGCGCUCUUGGAGAAGGGUGAGGUGAGUCACCGCUACCUCGGCCGCCUCGAGGUCUCAGCAUCUUCGAUGCACAGCCAGGGACUGGGCGUCCGCAGCAUUACCAGCCGGGGGUCCAUCGUGAAUGGGACAGCGAUCGCCCAUCCGCCCCGGAUCGAGGAGCCGUAUCCAAACGACGUGGUUGCGAAGACGAACGUCGAGUGGGUGGAGUGGGACUACGCCGAUCUCAUGGAUGCCAUGAAGGCGGUGCAAAGUUCCUGGUGUUUCGCUUCCUCCUCCAUCGUUGUUGCAGGGUAA